AAAAUUGUUGACAUCCCACGUUGAGCCCACGCUCCCAUAUAUUCUCUCUUAAGCCUCACGACGAUUCCACCGGCCUUGUACCUUUUUCCGACAUCUCCGCCACAAACCUCAAAACAUACGAGUAGCAAACCUCACUUGUUUUUCUUUCAGCAGAAGAGAAGAUUAAAAACUCGCUAAUUAUUACUGAAGCAAUAAGAGUAAAAUGCAUUUUCUCCUAGUCCCCAUUUGCAAUUUUAGACUACUCCUUGUUUUGAAUGUUUGUCUUUAAUUUUGUCCAUACAAGACCCCACCUCAUCAUCCUCAACUCUUUUACUCUCUCUCUCUCUCUCUCUAUAAUGAGGAAAGCCCCACCUAGCUGUAUUCAACUUAAAAGAUUUGUGUGUGUUCACAUCUUCUCAAAACAAUAACCCUCCAAAAAAAUUCAAUUUUUAUGGUUUUCCAAGACUUGCUUUUGAUAGUCUUGUUUUCUCCAUCCCAAGACUGGAUUUUUCACUACACCCACUAGUACUUCUUUAGUCUAAAGCAGAGAUGAGUGAAAACCCAUCUCCCAGAUUCUUCAACUUGAAGAUUUUCAAGAAACUCAAGGGGUUUAAGCCUUUUGAGCCUUCACCAGGUGUUCUUGGCUGCUUCUUUUUCACUGUUUUCUUAUUCUUGUGUCUCUUCUUGUUGGAUUAUAGUACAGUAAACAAAGUGCCUCGGUUGCAUCAGCCAUCCUUGUUUGCUACUUGGAUUGGGAUAAAUGGAUCAUCUUUGUCCUAUAACAAGAGUGAAAAGGUUAAUUUUUUGGGAAAAGGUGCAGAAAGUUGUGAUAUUUUCGAUGGAAAUUGGGUUUGGGAUGAAAGUUAUCCACUUUAUGAAUCAAAGGAUUGUAAUUUCUUGGAUGAAGGCUUUCGUUGUUCUGAGAAUGGCAGGCCUGACAAUUUCUAUACUAAAUGGCGUUGGCAACCUAAAGAUUGCAACUUGCCCAGAUUCGAUGCAAAAACUAUGUUAGAGAAGUUGCGAAACAGACGCGUUGUGUUUGUUGGGGAUUCAAUUGGAAGAAACCAGUGGGAGUCUCUACUCUGCAUGUUAUCUUCUGCAGUUCCUGAUAAAAGCAAGAUAUAUGAAGUUAAUGGAAAUCCCAUCACAAAGCACAUGGGUUUCUUGAUUUUUAAGUUCAAGGAUUUCAACUGCACUAUUGAGUACUAUAGAGCUCCAUUCCUAGUGUUUCAAGGUCGUCCACCUUCAGGGGCUCCCCGAAAUGUUAAAUUGACUUUGAGACUGGAUCAAAUGGAUUGGAGCUCUGCUCAAUGGAAAGGGGCAGAUGUUUUGGUAUUCAACAGUGGUCACUGGUGGAUUUAUGAAAAAACUAUUAGAGAGGGAUGUUACUUUCAACAAGGUGGAGAAGUGGAUAUGACCAUGAAUAUUGAGACUGCAUACAGGAGGUCAAUAUCGACAUUGGUUGAUUGGAUAGGUCAUGAAGUGAAUAUGACCAAGACACAUGUCGUAUUUCGAACUUAUGCUCCUGUUCACUUUAGAGGUGGAGACUGGAAGACCGGCGGUAACUGUCAUCUUGAGAAGCUACCUAACAUAGGAUCAUCCCAAGAGUCGCUGAAAACAUCAUUUGAAUAUAACACUGUGAUCAAUGUGCUGUCGGAGAAACAGAACAAAUCAAAAACAUGGAAUUUGGAUUUAUUGAAUGUAACAGGGAUGACAUUUCAGAGAAGAGACGGUCACUCAUCUUUGUAUUACUUAGGUCCAAAGGUUGGACCAGCUCCUCUCCACCGCCAAGACUGCAGCCACUGGUGCCUCCCCGGUGUCCCUGAUACAUGGAACGAGCUUCUAUAUGCCACCUUCCUCAAACGUGAGUUGGCUUGUGCAGAAUUUUCCAAACUUACUUCUUAAUCGCCGGUGUGGCAGGUAAAGAGAUCUUAUAACCAUGUUGCUCCAACAUUUCAAAUGUUACACCUCAUACCAUACUAUGGUUGCAGUCUCAUGGACUAUAAGACGCGUAUCUUGGAAUGGAAACUCGAUUAGGAAAACCUCAAAUUUUGUGCCAAUGGUGAGUGGAAUGUGCCCCUUUUCAAGAUUAAAUUUGGAUUUGUUUGGGGAAUUUUUCUCUGCUGAGCUGAUGACAUACAAUUUUUGCAGCUGGGAUUAUUUGGAAUCUCUUCACCAAAUUACUGAAAUGUAUGUGUUGUAUAGCUGAAGAGAACAUUAACCUAAUUUUAUACAAAAUGGCAAGUUGUCAAUAUUGUACAUUCCCCGUUUUUAUACCUCAUUCCUUUCUUCUUCUUUUUUUGUUUGGGGAGGUCAAACAAGAUUUUAUUCAUAAGAAAAUACGAAGAGGCAAUUGUUGCAAUUUCUGUCACAAAAAGUGGCAUGCAUAGGAUCGGAGGCCAUACUAUAGGGUAAUACAUUGGAAUUUAAAAUA